UUCUAUCAACCAUGCAUUUUAAAUGUGAAAGCUCCAUCGGCCUGAAUCCAAAGCGUGAAAAUGAAGUUAGAAUGUGAAUUUACAAAGCAAAAAUGGCCAAGAGCGGCAAGUUGAAUGACAAGUUGAUAGGUAAUUAUUAACCCUGCAUCCAAAAGCCCCUAAUGCAUUUAUUAAAUCACCUGUAAAUAUUACAUUUAGACAACAUCAAGUCGAUUCUCUUUGAUCAAACAAUUAUGACAAUAAUUAUAGUUGCCUUUAAAUCACCUUCCACCUUACAAAACGUUUUAUCAAAGCAGCGAAACAAAAUUUCUUAUUGAACUCUCGAUCCUAUCAAAAACGCUAUCACGUAUCUACAAUCAGAUUAAUUACUCUCUAAUUGUAAAGCUUGUUACAUGCUCUUGUACAACUAAACAUAUCCGUUGAGACGCAAAUCUUUCAUUUCAAUCUUUACCUGACAUUGUUGAUACAAAUAUGUAUACAAUGAAUUUAUUACAAUGAUAUUGAUUUGAAUAAUUGUUUACAUAAAUUAAGGAAAGUGUCAAUAAUUUAUUCACGAUAUUGCAAUCUAAAAAUGUCCUUUACGUUAUUUCAAAAUGCGGUUUGUACUGUUAAAGAUGGGAUCAUCGAGGACAACAAUGAACCAAUUUUUGAAAAAAACAGUAUUGUCAACAUUUAGCUGGUUAUUAUUUAAUAAAUCGAGGAUAAUUCACUUCCCUCGAUAACUAAUCUAACACUAAUGUUGAACUUCCAAGCAAAUAAUCAUGAAUCUUUAUCUUGAGGCGGGUUUAUCUCCAACUGUCCUUGUCUUUGCGUCUUAAAUUUUGAGGGUCACUUUACUUUUCUCAUUUUGCACACUAAAUACCUUUUCUUACCCGUCUAUAAAUAGUCAGUGAAUUGACUUUGGCUAAUUCAUUCUACCACCAAAGACAGUUUCAGUAACUUGUGCUAACUACCAUUUCUCAGUCCAAAAUCAACUCACAACUCAACAGCAAAAUGAACAAGACUAUCCUUUCAAUCCUCAUCAUCUGUGCCUUGGUUGGAACCAUUGUAGCUCUCGGCCAUGGUUAUGGAUAUGGACGACCAAAUGGAUAUUAUGGACACAGAAGCUAUGGAUAUCCAUCAUACGGCUACUAUGGAUACAGACCUCACUAUGGUCGAUAUGGUGGUUAUGGAGGUCAUGGAGGCUACGGAGGCUAUGGUGGUGGUUACGGCCAUGGUUAUCCUUACAGACAUGGUUAUGGAUAUUGAUUGCCAUGUUAAAUCGUUUUCAUCUUCUUCCAGGCUUUUCUAAAUCUCACCUGUAACUCCUGAACGUGCAUCAAAACAUCAGUUUCACUUGAAUCAACAGAUUUUUUAAGACUAAAUUAUAAAAGACUCAAGACUCCAAUAUUAGAAUAUAUUUUUUUACUAGAAAAUUUCUGUUCCUUAAAGUGCCUUCAGGCAAACCUUUGCUCAAACACAUGAUGCUGUGAUUUUCAUUAAUCAAAAAGUCCCAUUGAAUUGUACGCCAGCAUAAAAAAGCUUUAUUUUUGAAGAUUAUUUAAAUAAAAGAAAAAUUG